UGACAUGAUGUGAAUUGGAGCUAUAGAAAUAAACUGAAUAGAAUUGACUGGUUUUCCUUUGUCAGACUUUAUUGAGUCCAUAAUUACUAAACGCUGCAGGUCUGUGUUCAGCGACAAUCAGAGACUCGUUAUCGACUCGUUUCUCAGCAUCAGGUCGGAUUUUAUGGAGCUAAAUUAGAACAAAGUCAUUAAAAACCAUGAAACAAAAACUACUGGAUGGAAAUGAAGAAAUAUUAGAAACAAGGAGGUUUGAUUGUCAGCAAACCUCCUCCUGAUGAAGAAGAACCUCCUCCUACAGAGAGAGAACCUCCUCCUUCUCAGAGAAGCUCCUCCUGGUUCCUCCCUCAGGGCUCAGUCUGAGGAUCAGACGCCUCCAUCCAGACGUUCUCCUCCGUCCUCACAUCCAGGAUGAUCACCCUCCUUCUCGGAGGUCUCUUCGCCGCCAUCUACCUCCUCCUGCGAAAGACGGUCCUGAAGCUGCCCAGGUGUAAGAGCGACGCAAAGCUUCAUGGGAAGACCGCCAUCAUCACAGGAGCCAGCGGUGGGAUCGGGAAGGCCACGGCGCUGGAGCUUGCCAGGAGGGGGGCCCGGGUGGUCCUGGCCUGCAGGGACAGAGAGCGGGCCGAUGCUGCGGUCCGUGACAUCAUCCAGGAGACGGGGAACCAGCAGGUGCUCUUCAUGCAGCUGGACCUGGCCAGCCUGCUGUCGGUCCGGACCUUCGCUGAGAACUUCCUGCGCUCCGAGUCCAGGCUGGAUCUGCUCAUCAACAACGCGGGUGUCCUCAGAGACGGCCAGACGGACGACGGCUUCGGCUUGAUGUUCGGGGCCAACCAUCUGGGCCACUUCCUGCUGACCCUGCUGCUUCUGGAGCGGCUGAAGGCCAGCGGGCCGAGCCGCGUGGUCACCGUGGCCUCCAGCUCCUACGGACGGGGCCAGCUGGACUUCAGUGUCAUGGUGGACCUCAGGGAUUCGGCUGAGGGCUGCGGCUUCAGGCAGACCUACAGGAAGUACUGCGACAGCAAGCUGUGCAACAUCCUGUUCACCUGGGAGCUGUCCAGGAGGCUGCAGGGCAGCCAGGUCACCUGCUACUGCCUCCAUCCAGGACUCAUUCGGACAGAUCUGGGUCGGUACCUUGGAUUCUGGAUGAAGGUCUUGGUGGCGCCCAUCGUCCUCCUGUUCUUCAUGGACCCAGAGUCUGGAGCUCAGACCACUUUGCACUGUGCCCUGGAGCAAGGCAUCGAACCCCUCAGCGGUCACUUCUUCAGGUGCUGCAGGCCACGGACGGACAUGGAGUCCAAGGCCAGAGACCCGGCUGCUGCCAGGAAGCUGUGGGAGCUCAGCCAGAACUUCUGUGGUCUGUGGUAGAACCCAGAGGUUCUGCUGGGAUCUGAACUACAAACCAGUCUCCUUUAUUGGAUCUGAUGUGACUGAAUUUCUUUUGACUUUAUUUUACUUU